CGAGCCGAGCCGAGCCGUGCCGAGCCGUGCUCGCCAUGGCCAUCGCGCACAUCGCUACCGAGUACGUCUUCUCCGACUUCCUGCUGAAGGAGCCGCCGGAGACGCGCUUCAAGGGGCUGCGGCUGGAGCUGGCGCUCGACAAGAUCGUCACCUGCAUCGCCGUGGGGCUGCCGCUGCUCCUCAUCUCCCUGGCCUUCGCCCAGGAGGUGUCCAUCGGUGCUCAGAUAAGCUGUUUUGCACCCAGCUCUUUCUCCUGGCGACAAGCUGCUUAUGUGGACUCCUACUGCUGGGCAGCUGUGCAGCAGAAGCAACCAUCCCACAACAACUUAGAAAACAUACCCCUGUGGCUGCAUAAAUUCUUCCCAUACAUCCUUCUCCUUGUUGCUAUCCUGCUGUAUCUACCAUGUUUGUUCUGGCGCUUCACUGCAGCACCUCACCUUUCCUCAGACCUGAAAUUUAUCAUGGAAGAACUUGACAAAGCCUAUAACAGGGCAAUCAAAGCUGCUAAUAGCAUUCGAAGUGGAGACCCCAGGGACCCUACUGAUUUGAUUCCAGCUACUAAUGAGAACUUGACACAGAGUUUGUGGGAAAUAUCUGAAAGCUACUUUAAAUACCCAAUUGUGGAGCAAUACCUGAAGACAAAAAAGAAUUCCAAGUGCUUAAUAAUUAAAUACAUUACAUGCCGUUUGCUCACACUAGUAAUUAUUUUCAUCGCAUGCCUCUAUCUGGGCUACUACAUUAGUCUUUCCUCUUUGAGUGAUGAGUUUCUCUGCACUAUCAAAACUGGGAUCCUAAAGAACGACACAACUGUUCCAGAAGUGGUUCAGUGCAAGCUUAUUGCUGUUGGUGUCUUCAAGGUACUCAGCUAUAUUAACCUGAUAGUCUAUCUGCUGGUGAUGCCCCUGGUAGUGUAUGCAAUGUUUGUUCCAUGGAGGUGGAAUUCAGGUAUCCUCAAAGUGUAUGAAAUCUUGCCAACUUUUGAUGUACUGAAACUUAAGUCAAACCAUUUUGAUGACUUAAGCCUUUACCUCCUCUUUCUUGAGGAAAACGUGAGUGAACUUAAAUCAUUUAAAUGCCUUAAAGUGCUGGAGAACAUUGCAGUCUCUGAGAAGUUUGAUGUCAUGCAGCUUUUGGUAAACCUUGGUACUAUUAAGACUGAUACCAUAGAUGGGAAGCCAGGGACUGCUGAGUUAGAGAAGCCUGAAGAAACAAGUACAGAAGGGCUGGAAAAAGAUGCAACAGAGUUACAAGUUCUGGCAGACCGUGAUGCAAGUGGCAGUGCGAAUACAAGAGAAGACAAGAGGCUUCGCCAAAGACUUAUAGAUUCUUCAUGCUGAUGCUUCCCAGCUGCAGGAGCCAGGAGCCUGCAGCCUCCUCUGCCUCUGCUGCGCUCAGGGCAAGGUGCUGCUCGUUGAAUGCAACGUUCUCAAUCUCCUGACAGUUCCCCAGAGGCCAAACUGGUUUACAGACUAUUUGUUAUAUAAUGAUCAGGAGUCAUGUGCCUGAAAAAAUCAUGCUGUACACGUCCGUUAUUUAUUGAAAAAAUCAAACCACACACAGGGAGGAGCAAGAACAAAACAAUUCUGUUGUGAGUAACAAGUGAUGUGCAUUGAAUGCAGCUGAAGCUGGCAGCUGAACAGAGCUCACUCCAUGCUGAUGGGAUGGGAAAUAGAACCCUGCAGGUAGCAAAAAGAUAUGGCCACAUUGCUUUCUGAGGUGUUGCUCUGCACCUGUGGCCAUCUCAGUUCUGGGGUUUAAUUAAGGUAACUUUGGGCUCUCUGACCUGGAAAAGAGGGGCUGGGGGUGGGGUUUUAUAAUGAGUCUGGUUAAUCUGUCCCAGAUGGUGGCUGCCACUGAUAUGGGCUGUGUCUUCAUUGGAAAAAUAGAGGUUAUUCUGUUCAGCCGGUCAUCCCAGCUUUCAUGUCUGGGUACUUGAUCCCAGUACUUGACACUGGUGGAAAAGAAACUACAAACAGUUCUAGUGUUCAAAAGGUACUGCUGUAAAUAUUAGGGAUUUUUAAUUUUCUAUGUAUUAAUAAAUUAAUAAUGUCUUAACACUUUUUUUACAAAAUGUAAUUUUUACAAAAUGUAAGCUGAGUGUUGGUUUAAUUUCUAGCCCUCAGUUUUUCGGUCUUCGUGUCUAACAAAUCCACCUUGGAGUUUUAGACUGAAGAUCAGUGAAGUUGAUUCUAUUUUUGUAAUGGUUUGUCGAAGUUUUUUUUAUGUUGUAAUGUUUUUAUGUGUAAAAUUUUUCUCAACAUAUUUGUAGUAUCAAAUUCAAUAUUAGUUGUGCUGUUUUCCAAACCACACUCUAGAAGACAAACUAACUUGUAUUAAAGUAGCACCAAAUGCCUCUGCAGGGCCAAGCACCCAGCAGCCAAGGUGAAGUAGAUCUAAAUACUAAUAAUAUGAAAGGUUGUUCUCCCCCAGACACUGUGACUAUAUUUUAAUUAAAGAUGCUUUGUGUGUUGGAACAGACAAAAUAAGGGGGAGUGUUUGUACAUUAAUUUGUUAUUGGACUGUUUCGGGAGAGUAGAAUUCAGCUUUAAUGUUGUCCCGUCUGCCCAAGAUAUCAACCUUCAUUAAAUAUUAGAAUGACCUUUGUCUUGAAAUAUUAGAUGCAAGGUGAGGUGGGUAGAGGGUGAAGCACCAUAGUGGCAGUGUAUAUCUUUCACAAAUGUGAUAUACUGACUUAUUUUUCUGUAUUGUCCAUAUAAGUGAAAUGAACUUACCUUCUACCAAUGUCACCUCUUCCAAGUUGGCAUUUUAAACAAAGGAGGACUUCUUUUAUAGCUAGAUAGGACUUCCAGUUUCCAGUUCCUUAGUGUAACCCACUUUUGUGCUCUCAUCUGCUGGCAUUCUCCAUAUGGUGAAUGAGGGGCAAACAGGAGUAAUCAGUGUUACUGUUUUUGCACAGAACUCUAUAUGCUGCAGCAGAUUUCAGAGAAAUCUUGCAUCUAGCAGCUGCUGUUGAACAAGUGGAUCUGAAAGUGCUGCUGCUACACUUAGGGCUAGCAUUACAAGAACUCUUCAGUUUUCUUAUGGCUUUGAACUAAGACAAGCCUUAUUUUAAAAUAAGUCUUUUAAGCCACAGUUUUAUGCUACCUCUGCACAGGACAGCAGCACAGCUGCAAUCCUAAUGUCUCUUGCACUACCAGCACAAAACAGGGCUUAUGUUGGACACUGGUUGCCCACACUGCUGAAUUUUACUGCCAUACUUCUGCCACAAAGCCUACCGUCCCUUUAACCUUGCCUAGAUUCUCUCUGGCUGUGCUGAUGUGUUGCUGGUGGUCCUCUGUAUGUAGGCAGUGCAGGUGCACUUUGUGUGUCUUGGGCAGGGAGCUAUAGUGCAAUACUAAGAUUUUGUGAUGUGGAUGUGUUUGAACUGUUUGAUGUAAGUAGAAUUCUCAGUCUUUAAAAUUCCAAGCUCCUGAAAGCCACAUAUUCAUAUUUCAUGUUGGAUAUGUACCUAACUUUUUACUAAUUCCCCUUUUGUAUUUUAAAGUAUGACUUGCUGCAGUAAAUUUGUUGUUGUCUUCUGAAGUGUUUAAUAAAAUGCCUGUCAAUCCUCCUUAUUAAAAUAAAAUCCUCUUUGUUAAAAUAAAAUCAAUUUUGUGAACUACAACAGCAUAAGCAUCGGAAGGUUUCAGGAACAGUCACGUGUUGCCAUAUUGCAAAUACAUAUGGUCUGAUGC